UUUCUUUGAUUUACUUACUUUUUAUUUAUUUAUUUAUUUACUUCUCUUACUGUUUUCCUCCUUCAUUUAUUGGAAAGUAUCUCGAUUCUUUCUUUUCUUUGAUAAUGAUGAAGUUUGGUUUUUCAAAAAGAGUCAUCAUUACAUUGGGUACAAUAUCUACUUGUUUCACUUUAUUAUUUUUAUAUCUCAUCUCCACUGACUAUUCAUCAAAUAAUAAUCAUCUUUCAUAUACUUAUGACGACGACACUACUGUAUUGACUACAUUGAAAGAACAACCGAAAUGUCUCAAGAAUACUGCUAUUACAGAACGUCCAACUAAACAACAAUGGGAACAAUGUCUUGCUCCUGGUGCUGAUCCUUCUUAUUACUUAUCCAUUGUCAUUGUUACUCGUAUGGAUGACUAUGCUGGUGGUCAACAUCAUCGAUUCCAAAACUUUAUCGACAGUGCCUUCCUAUUAGCCGAAAAUACCAAAGAAAAGAUCGAAUUAUUGAUUAUUGAAUGGAAUCCUCCUGAAGAUAAACGAAGAGUAGUGGAUGUAUUUAGAUUCCGUCAAUCAGAAUAUUUGACUUAUCGUAUCAUCACUGUACCAAAGAAGAUUCAUGAAUUUUUACCAAACAGAGGUGGGUCUCCUUUACAUGAAUUUGAAGGCAAAAAUGUUGGUAUUAGAUAUGCUCGUGGUGAAUUUAUCGUUUGUACAAAUCAAGAUGAUAUUUGGUCACACAACUUCCAUAAUGCAAUCAAAUCCCGGGCAUUCAAAAAAGGCAUGAUUUAUCUCCAAUAUCAAGCAAAACACAAUAUUCACGAAAACUUCCCUCCUACGAUUGUUGAUUUACCUCCUUUUCCUGAUGACACCACUCUAUACAAUGCUUGUCACUUGGAUGAUCAAGACUGGGGAAAUUACAAACUACCUGAACCUAUCACUGUCAACACUGUUCAUCAAACACCUGAAUUUAUUCUCACAGUUGCGGAUCAAGCUGGUGACUUUACAAUGGCACAUCGAGAUACUUGGAAAAUACCUAGAGGAUAUCGUGAAGCUGGUGGUAUUGCAUGGAUGGAUAUUGAAUUCAUUUGUACAGCAACAUGGACAUUCGAUAUCCCAGUGGUUUAUAGUUAUAAAUCAUUUGCUUGUCAUCAACAUCAUCAAAAUAUUUGGGAAGGACGAAAGGAUCAGCAUACCGACAAUAGUAAUAUCAAUAUGGGCAUGAUUGAACGAAAAGAAGUCAAAUAUGUGAACAAGGAGAACGAGUGGGGUCUACAACAUGUGGAUACUUGGACUAUGGGACUAGAAUGUUUGGAAUUCCGUGGUGGACUUUGUUGGUAGAUCAUUAUUAUUAUUUUAUAUCACCCAUUCUUUUCUUUAUUAUUAUUCUCUCUUAUAUUUUACCUUGUAGAUACUCUUUUUCAAUAAUAAUAACAAUAAAAGAACAAAAGACUAUUUUUCUUUUUUAA